AUGAUUCGAUCACGCGAACAGACGAACAAACCGAAACACCCCGAUCACAGACCUCUCCUCGAGAUAAAGAAACACCCCGAUCACAGUUCUCUCCUCGAGACGAAAGAUGAGCCUCAAAAGUGCUCGGGAGCUAAAAAGACUCUCCGUGACACAUACGAACAGCUAUCUCGACCAUUGCCCUUAAGAGAUACACAGAGUCUCUCCGAGUCAUACGAAGAGCCAUCUCAACCAUUUCCCUCAGACGCCGAGCCAUGUGAUCAGCCAUCUCAACCGUUGGACCUAGGGUGGCUCCGUCGAUGGAUUAAGGCUAUUGCCAUUCGCGUAAUCAAGGAAAAAGAAUAUCAAGGACCAGGUCUCGACCAUGUCUUGUCGCCCAGUCUGAUUCUCGUCGUCGCUAAACAUCUCACCAUGGUCGAGCGAGCAGCCUUGUCUUUGACGAGCAAGAAGAUGUUACUGGCUAUCGGAGAAGAGAACUUUUGGUUAGUCUCGAAGUCUGGAGGGCAGCUUGACUUGUUGGCAUUGCUGGAGAGGGACGCCAGCAACUCCAGGGACGUCCUGUGCAGGCUCUGUCAAAAAUUCCAUGACCCCAUCCUAUCAGUCACGGCUAGCGACUACGACUCACAGGGACGUUCGGCUUCUUCAGCUCGCCCCUGUGUUAAAGAAAUUUUUUCCAGUCGGCAUCAGAGAAUGGCAUCUCCGUAUCUUCCACGCGAGCUCCACUUCAACAUGAUCAAGGCCUUUAUGCGUUCGCAACGUUCUCAGACAGGUUCUUACAGAUCGAGUCUCCUAGAAUCGACCGCUAUCUAUCGUCAUAAAAAGACUGAAGCCAACAUUCAACAAGCUACCACAUGCCGUGUUUUAAGCCAGGGCGACUUGCUUAUCAAGACCGUUACCACACUCUUCGCAUGCCGGGACGCAAACCAGGCAAAGAACAACGUUCGUUUUAUUGUCGAAUUACUGAAACGGAACAAACUAACAACAUGCUGCGAACAUGUCGACUGGAUGAAAACAUACCCGUUCGUCUUCAACUAUGUUGGGCUCCCUACCGAUGAAGACAAGCUUCGUAAAUAUCACAAAUCGAGGUUGAAUGACCCGAUGAAGAAGAUACGCGACAUCUGGAACCCAGCUGUCGUGCCGCGAUAUUCACCGAGAAAUUUUGUAUGGAUCAUGGCCUGCGAAAUUUGUUACACGAACUACACGUAUGAAUGGAAGGACACGGAGGAAGGGAGUCGAAUUGUCAUGCUCAUCUCGUAUAAGAAUCUUGGAAAGGGCGAGGAUGUGAAUGAUGUCAAGUGGUCAUCACAUUUCAAACACAACACCCCUGAUCCGAAUACCAAGCCUCGCGACACUCACUACGUAGGGUUUCCUCGGUGGCCUCAUGGGUAUACUUGGCAUGACAAGGUCGAUGAUUCAAGUUGGGAGAGAGAUUAA